AUGGUUAAAGGAACUGCAUCCCAGAGCAGCCUUUUCGAUUACUUGAUAUAUGGGAAUUUAAUCCUGCACCGGUUCCAUCCAGGCAGCUGUUUUUUUUUUUAUUCUUGCAGAAUUUUGAAAGAUGGUGCAACACCGACGUACGCAUCAAAAGGAAGAAUUGUGAAUUCCCAAAUCAAAGCCAAGGUCACUCCGACCUCGUCGUCUCAGUUGGGUCAAUUCCUUGGGAUUCCUGAGCCCACUCGUUCCGAUCUUUCCAAGCUCAUCUCCCGGUUCACCAAGCUCAACAAUCGCCAUCCGGAAAGGAAGAGAUAUUGUGUUCUUAAAGAACACUCUCUGAAGGGUUUUUUUUUUAGCUUGAUGGCUCCCCUAAUUCGCUGUCAAUUGCAAAGAAAAAAAUAA